AUGGCGGUCCCUAGAGGGGUUGAGAAUGCUGUGAAUGAACCUAAUCGUAAAGCUAAAACUCAAGUAACUGGCAGAAGGACUGCUUUGGAAGAAAUAGGAAACAAAGUUUCAACACGAGGAACGCACAUAGCUAAGAAAGCAGAACGCUUCAAAGCAUCUACAAAACCUAUAAAAGGGCCUAGUAAGAUGACAAAUAUAAUUGCACUGCCUAAACCUCCAGCUGUUGUGAAUCAAGUAUCCAAAGAAACAAGUGUUCCAAAGGUUCUGUCUCCGGUUCCUAUGGAUGUGUCUAUGCAAGAAGAGGAUUUGUGCCAAGCCUUCUCUGAUGUAUUGCUCAACAACGUAGAAGACAUUGACGCUGAGGAUUGGGAGAACCCGCAGCUUUGUAGUGACUAUGUAAAAGAUAUCUAUCUUUAUCUGAGACAGCUUGAGCUGCAGCAAUCGGUGCGCCCCCAUUACCUCGAUGGGAAGGCGAUCAAUGGGCGUAUGCGUGCAAUUUUAGUUGACUGGCUUGUCCAGGUCCACUCAAGAUUCCAGCUUUUGCAGGAGACACUGUAUAUGUGUGUUGCAGUUAUGGAUCGCUUCUUACAAAGUCAUCCAGUACCCCGUAAGAGGCUUCAGUUGGUGGGUGUAACAGCACUGCUUCUUGCUUCAAAAUAUGAAGAGAUGUUCUCUCCUGAUGUAGCAGACUUUGUUUACAUUACUGACAAUGCCUACACCAGUGAAGAAGUUAGAGAAAUGGAGAUCGUGAUUCUCAAAGAGUUGAACUUUGAUUUGGGACGUCCUCUUCCGCUUCAUCCUCGUUAUUUAGAACUUUUUUGUUUGCGUAAAGACAAUCUGGAUUGCAGUGCUGAUGCUGAGCAACAUACGCUAGCAAAAUAUCUAAUGGAGCUGACUCUGGUGGAUUAUGACAUGGUGCACCAUCAUCCUUCAGAGAUUGCAGCUGCUGCAUUAUGCUUGUCACAAAAGAUCCUAGGACAUAACAAAUGGGGUAUGAAGCAGCAGUACUAUACUGGCUAUACAGAAGACAGGCUUGUGAUAACUAUGAAACACAUGGCCAAGAAUGUUGUCAAAGUAAAUGAGAACUUAACAAAAUACACUGCUAUAAAGAACAAGUAUGCAAGUAGCAAACUCCUGAUGAUCAGCACAAUCCCUCAGCUGAACUGCAAGAUAAUCAAGGACCUAGCUUCAUCGCUCGUAUGAUAACUCUAAGCAGACAAAUCCUGAUGAUCCAUGCACUUUGUCCUCAUUUGCCUAUUGGGGCAAACAUGCUGCUCUUUGUACAUAGCCUUUCAGCCUUACCGCAGACAUUUCAGACUUGCUCUGAAAGUGACCUUUUAAACUUGCCUUGUAAUACAGUGCUGUACCUAGAAAUAAAGCUCCUUUCUUUUUUAAAAAAAAAAAAAAAGUCUAACCUUUGCAGUGAAUAUUGCAACUGUGAGCCUUUAAGGCACUAUCUAGACAUGUCUGCAGUCCAGUGUCCAAGCAGGACAUUGGGCUACGUAGAUGACUGAUUCAACUUCCAGUCACAAGUGGAUGAUUAUCUCAUUGACUGUUGACUCCUAGCUUUAUAGUGGGUUAUACUUAGUAACGUUUUUUUGUUCUCACUCUCACGGUAAGAAAGAACAGGCAGACAGUUCGUCUUUUCUUGGUGUAUCUUAAAAUAUCUGGUUUAUCUUGACAUCUUGUCCCGUAAGGGUAUACAAAAGUUUCUUUUUUAGGGUGCUGUCAAGUUUGAGCAAGGUGAAAAAGUAGGCUGUCUGUAUUGUGUUGUAUUAGCGUUGUAAGUCCCUGUGUUGAGUGACUGUAACAUUAUGUGUUUUCUGUCUCUGUAAGCCUAAACAAAGGGGUGUAAGGCAGGGGAUUUUAAGUAUGAUAUGAUGCCGACCAGUAUGUGCAUUGGCCAUACAUAGAUGUGAAACUAAGGGGAGGAGAACUUUGAACCAGGUCAGCUCUUAAAACCUGCUCCACUACUUGAAUCCAGC